ACCCACCACACCCCCCCCCUUCGACCACUAGAGCCCGCCUGCUGGUCAAAUAAUUUUGGCCCCUCCAUCGGUUCCCCUUUUUUUCUGGGGUGCGAAAUCACGGCCUGGCAAGUCUGGGCCUCGCUAUCAAAUACUCCAGCAGCCGCAGGAAACCCGAAUUGUUUGUGUGUUUUCCCUUGACAAAACUUCGGCUUCGUAAAUUUUGUCCGACUGCCCACUGCCUGUUCCCGGCUGUGUCUUCUUGCCGCCCUCAACUCUUGCCCUAGCCAAACCAAUCGUCGCAAAAGCCGCGCUGCACUGAUCGCAUCACGGAUCUUCUCCACCAUGGCGGAUAUCAAUGUCGAUGUUCUCGUUAUCGGCGCAGGCCCGACUGGCUUGGGUGCUGCCAAGCGUCUCGAUCACAUUAAUGGACCUUCAUGGUUGAUCGUGGACGCGAACGAAAAGGCUGGCGGUCUGGCUUCUACCGACGUCACUCCCGAGGGCUUCCUUUACGAUGUUGGUGGUCAUGUUAUCUUUUCGCACUAUAAAUACUUCGACGACUGCAUCAAUGAGGCAUUGCCCAAGAACGAUGACUGGUACACGCACCAGCGCAUCUCCUACGUGCGCUAUAAGGGCCUGUGGGUCCCGUAUCCUUUCCAGAACAACAUCUCUAUGCUUCCCAAGGAGGACCAGGUGAAGUGCAUCGAUGGCCUUAUCGACGCGGCCCUGGAGGUCCGCGUGGCCAACACUAAGCCAAAGGACUUUGACGAGUGGAUCGUUCGUAUGUGCGGCGAGGGCGUUGCCGACAUCUUCAUGAGGCCAUACAACUACAAGGUCUGGGCUGUGCCUACUACCAAGAUGCAAUGCCAGUGGCUAGGAGAGCGUGUCGCAGCUCCCGACGUCAAGCUUGUUACUAGGAACGUCAUCCUGAACAAGACCGCCGGAAACUGGGGCCCCAAUGCUACGUUCCGCUUCCCAGCACGGGACGGGACGGGUGGUAUCUGGAUUGCCGUGUCAGACACUCUGCCAGAGGAGAAGAAGCGAUACGGCGAGAAGGGUGUCGUGACAAAGGUGGACGCCGAAAACAAGACUGUGACCUUGAAGGACGGCACUACAAUCGGCUACGGCAAGCUUGUCAACACCAUGGCCGUCGACGCCCUGGUCGAGAAAAUGGGCAACAAGGAGCUCAUCACCCUGUCCAAGGGCCUCUACUAUUCGUCAACUCAUGUUAUUGGUGUUGGUAUCCGGGGCGAGCGCCCUGAGCGCAUCGGAGACAAGUGCUGGCUCUACUUCCCCGAGGACAACUGCCCCUUCUACCGCGCCACUAUUUUCUCCAACUACUCACCGUACAACCAACCGCAAGCCGAUGCCAAGUUGCCGACACUGUACUUGGCUGAUGGUAGCAAGACCGAGUCUGCCGAAGCCAAGGAGGGUCCCUACUGGUCCAUCAUGCUCGAGGUCUCGCAGUCAACCAUGAAGCCGGUCGACGAAGAGAACCUACUCAAGAAUUGCAUCCAGGGGCUCAUCAACACAGAGAUGAUCAAGCCCGAGGACGAGAUUGUCUCGACCUACCACCGCAAGUUCGACCAUGGCUACCCCACCCCUGCGCUGGAGAGAGAAGGAGUCCUUAAGCAACUUCUUCCCAAGCUUCAGGAUAUGGAUAUCUACUCGCGUGGCCGCUUUGGCAGCUGGCGGUACGAGGUCGGCAACCAGGACCACUCCUUCAUGCUGGGAGUGGAAGCCGUGGACAACAUUGUCACUGGCGCCGUCGAGCUGACGCUCAACUAUCCCGACUUUGUGAACUCGCGCCACAAUAACGAGCGUCGUCUUGCCCAGUCCUUCAACUUCGCCGGGACAAGCUCGAGCAACGCUGCUCCUGCGCCUGUGCCUGCGCAUGCGGCCAACGGCGCCAAGGAAAUCCCCACCAGAGACCGUGCUGCUUCCAAGGCGUCGGUAAAUGGGAGUCACUCCCGGAAGCCGUCAAAACAGGUUAAGUGAGAUGAAGCGCGACCUUGGCCACAUGGCAACGCGAUUCGAGAGUGACGAGUUUGUUGGGGCGGAUGUAGUUGGGUUUG